GGCCUCGAGGAUGGAGGUGGAACAGCUGUCUGUCCAGCUAGCAGAAGAAGGCGGAGAACCAGGCCUGGAGGUCUCGCAUGGAAGCCAAGGAAGCUGAAUGGGAGGGGAGGCUCCAGGAUAUGGCGGCAGUUGUGGAGAGACUUUCAGCCACCAAGGUGGUCGACUCGACAGAGCAGAGCCGAUAUGGUAUCCAGGGAGAGGAGGUACGAGGACUCUUUGGCCAGGGAGGGGUGCAAGGGCCACCUCGGCAAGAGGGGAUGAAGAAGGAAUUCCUGGAUCCAGCGGAAGUGGAGGCAAGGCGGAAGAUCGAGGAGAAGAGUUUCAGCUUCAAGGCUUCCACAGAGUUAGCUUCGCAACAGGCAACCCCUAUGAUGAUUUGACCCCUGUAGAGGAGCCAGCACAGAGACCCCAACCUCCACUAGAGGAACGGGGCCCCGCAGAGGAGUCCCCUACGAUUCUUUUGGAGGUGCAGGGAGGUACCCUUACGGAGGCAGUGGCGUCCGCUGAGCCUGAGACAAUGGAGGAGGAAGCAUCACGGUUGGAUGAGCUAGUGGCGUCCAUGGAGGUAGACAUGCCGCUAGAGAGGCCCUAGAGGCUGGAUACGCCUGAGUAUGGACCAGAGGGCGUGGGCACACGAGGUAAUGAGGGCACUAGGGCCACGGAGCCCGGACCUCG